AUGCUAGCAGUUUUCGACAAAUCGGUGGCUAAGAGCCCCGAGGCUCUGCAGAGCCCUCAGUCUGGAUCAGUCUCGGCUCUGAAAGAUGGCUUUCUCGCGCAGCACUUUGCCUCUGUGCACCCUUCUUCUGUCACUGUCAAUUUUGGCUCUUCUGGUCUCAUCGUCUAUUCUCUUGACAAACAGAACCCUCUUCUUCCCAGGCUGUUUGCGGUUGUGGACGACAUUUUUUGCCUGUUCCAAGGCCACAUUGAGAAUGUUGCGCUUCUCAAGCAACAAUAUGGAUUGAACAAGACGGCCAAUGAAGUGAUCAUCAUUAUUGAAGCAUACAGAACUCUGAGAGAUCGAGGUCCUUAUCCUGCUGAUCAGGUUGUGAGAGACAUCCAAGGGAAGUUUGCAUUUAUUCUCUAUGACAGUGCUUCCAAAGCCACUUUUGUAGCUGCUGAUCCUGAUGGGAAUGUUCCGUUCUUCUGGGGAACUGAUUCUGAAGGCCAUCUUGUUCUUGCAGACGAUGCAGAAGUUGUGAAGAAGGGCUGUGGGAAUUCUUUUGCACCAUUUCCCAAAGGAUGUUUCUUCACUUCCUCUGGAGGCUUGAGGAGUUAUGAGCAUCCCCACAAUGAGUUGAAGGCGGUGCCAAGGGUGGAUAGUUCAGGUCAAAUGUGUGGUGCCAAUUUCAAGGUUGAUGCUGAGGCUAAGAAGGAAUCGAGUGGCAUCCCAAGAGUCGGGAGUGCUGCCAACUGGUCAACAACUUACUGA